AGACCAAUACAACAUCAGACCUUCUACAAAUCUUUCUUUCAAUUAAUUAAUCAAACCCCAAAAAUCUUAACCACCACCACCACCACUCUUCCUUCCCUUUUUUGAGUUUACACCGUUUGUUAUAACAAUGGCGCCAACAAUCGCCGUAUAUUCAUCACAAUACAGCGGAAAAACCUCCGACAAAAGGAACAAUGUCGUCGAAAAUGGUGAUGAUAAGGAGACGAUGAGGAUGAGGAAUGCGGAGCUUGAACGAGAGUUAAAGGCGAGUUUGGAGAGAGAAGAGAAGAUGAGGAGAGAACUCCAGAAAGUUUGGGAGAGGGUUAGGGUGGCAGAAGAGGCGGAGGAGAUGCUUUGCUCACAAUUAGGGGAGCUUGAAGUUGAAGCUGUUGAACAAGCGCGUGAGUAUAACGCUCGUGUUUCUGCGUUGAGGGAACAGCUUUCUCGUGCUCAUUUGCUCCUCCAAUCUGCUUCUAUCUCCCCUGUUUCUCAAUAAUAAUGAUUAAUUGAUUUUUCCUUUUUUUUUGGUUCAAAUGUUUAAUUGUAGUUUGACGUUGGUGGGAAAAUUUUUGUAAUGAUAAGGCAAGGUGAUUUGGGUAAUUAUGUGAGUUAGAUUGUGGAUUAAUGAACGUGAAAUUUGUAUACGUUGUUUCCCACUUUCCCCUGUAAAAUGUUGUGUGGCAUUUUAAUUUUCGAUAUUUUCGAAUGCAUUAUUCAGCUACGGAA